AAAAAGACCCGAAACUUAUAACCACUUUUAGAACCGUCAUAACUCAUUACCCCUCUUCCAAGUAGCCCAAAAUCUCACCACACAACACACACAACUUUCCCUUACAAAAACCCUAACCUAAACCCUAACACCACCACGCUCUAGUCUCCACCGUCAUCCACCCAUGGCCACCGCCGUUUUGCUCCGAUCUCUCCGUCGUCGAGACGUCUCAUCCGCUUCUCUCUCCGCCUUUAAAUCCUUAAGUGGAGCCAAAACGUCGAUAAACGCGUCACAUUUGAGUCAGAAGUUGGGCGUAAUCGCGAGGCCCUUCUGUUCAAGACCUCUUGGAAAUGAAGUUAUUGGGAUUGAUUUGGGUACCACAAACUCAUGUGUUGCGGUCAUGGAGGGCAAGACUGCAAAAGUUAUUGAGAACGCUGAAGGAGCACGUACAACUCCAUCGGUUGUGGCGUUUAACCAGAAAGGAGAGUUAAUCGUGGGCACUCCUGCAAAACGUCAAGCAGUUACCAACCCAACAAACACCGUGUUUGGGACAAAGCGUUUGAUCGGAAGACGAUUUGAUGAUCCCCAGACACAGAAAGAAAUGGGAAUGGUUCCGUAUAAGAUCGUCAAGGCUCCAAAUGGAGAUGCUUGGGUUGAGGCCAAUGGACAGAAGUAUUCUCCGAGCCAGAUCGGUGCUUUUGUUCUUACUAAAAUGAAGGAAACUGCUGAAGCGUAUCUUGGAAAGACCAUUAAUAAAGCUGUUAUUACGGUACCAGCUUACUUCAAUGAUGCACAAAGGCAGGCUACCAAGGAUGCUGGGAAAAUUGCUGGUUUAGACGUGCAGAGGAUUAUUAACGAGCCAACAGCUGCGGCACUUUCAUACGGGUUAAAUAACAAAGAAGGUCUUAUCGCGGUUUUUGAUCUUGGUGGUGGAACUUUUGAUGUUUCCAUCUUGGAGAUAUCAAAUGGUGUUUUUGAGGUUAAAGCGACAAAUGGUGAUACGUUUCUUGGAGGUGAAGACUUUGAUAACGCGUUGUUGGAUUUCUUGGUUGGCGAGUUCAAGAAAACAGAGGGAAUAGACUUGACAAAAGAUCGGCUUGCUCUCCAGAGACUUAGGGAAGCUGCAGAGAAAGCUAAAAUCGAGCUGUCAUCAACAACACAAACCGAUAUCAACUUGCCGUUCAUCACAGCUGAUGCAUCUGGUGCUAAACAUUUGAACAUCACACUCACAAGGUCGAAAUUUGAGGCUCUAGUAAGCAACCUGAUCGAGAGGACCAAGAACCCGUGCAAAAACUGUGUGAAGGAUGCGGGAGUCACAACUAAGGAAGUUGAUGAGGUUCUCCUCGUUGGUGGGAUGACUCGUGUUCCUAAAGUUCAGGAAGUUGUUACGGAAAUCUUUGGGAAGACGCCAAGCAAAGGGGUGAAUCCCGAUGAAGCAGUUGCUAUGGGAGCUGCUAUUCAGGGUGGCAUUCUUCGUGGUGACGUUAAAGAACUUCUUUUACUUGAUGUCACUCCUCUUUCACUUGGUAUUGAGACACUUGGUGGCAUCUUCACCAAGCUCAUCGGUCGGAACACCACGAUUCCAACCAAGAAAAGUCAGACAUUUUCAACAGCAGCCGACAACCAGACUCAAGUGGGCAUUAAAGUGCUGCAAGGAGAGCGUGAAAUGGCAUCCGACAACAAGUUACUGGGUGAAUUUGAUCUCAUGGGUAUUCCACCGGCUCCAAGAGGCAUGCCUCAAAUCGAGGUAACAUUCGACAUCGAUGCAAACGGUAUCGUCACCGUUUCAGCCAAAGACAAGGCAACCAACAAAGAACAGCAAAUAACAAUUAGGUCAUCAGGAGGUCUCUCAGAUUCUGAAAUCGAGAAGAUGGUUAAGGAUGCAGAGCUGCACGCCCAAAAGGAUGCUGAAAGGAAGGCGCUGAUUGACGCUAAGAACAAUGCCGACACGACCAUUUACAGCGUUGAAAAGAAUUUGAACGAGUACAGAGAUAAGCUUCCAAGUGAAGUGGUGUCUGAAAUAGAGGGUGCGGUUUCUGAUUUGAGGAAAGCUGCUGGUGGUGAGGAUGCUGCAGAGAUUCAGGCCAAGAUUGAUGCUGCGAACAAAGCGCAAUCAAAGAUUGGACAGCAUAUGCAAGGGGGGUCAGGGUCAGGAUCAGGAUCGGGAGGAUCACAAGAUGGUGGUGAACAAGCCCCAGAGGCAGAAUAUGAGGAGGUAAAGAAGUAGAAUAUUGGUUCUCUUUGAUUUGAUCUCAUCUUCUUUCAUAAAUAUAAGAGUUUUUGUAUCCGUAGAAAUAAUCAACAAUUAUAGGGCUUGGUCGGCUUGAUUUAAUUCUUCAUUUAAAUGUUAUAAAUCAUUAUUAUAAGGUGAUGCAAACUCGACCGUGGUAUUCCUUUGUUGGUCCUUUGCGUUGCCUCGUACUUUUAACUAAAAAUGAAAAUACCAUCAUUUGAAAAGCU